GCAAUCAAAUCCCAACCCAAUUUGGUGAGGCCAGACAAAGAAGAUUAACCCGUUACUCUUUGCUUGCUCACUGGCUCCUUUGUUCCUAAAGUCUCUUGUUCUCGGUUUCUUGCCGGACCUAAUCUCCAAUCAACAGUCGCGUUGCGCGAUAUUUGAUGCCCCGAGCGCGUUUCUAUUUGCUGGCUGCCACCGCACCCACCGGCAGCGACGCUACGCCGCCGAGGACCAGACCCCAAGCCUGAGCCCCCCUCCAGUCGGUCAGUCAUGUCCGUGUAGGCUGCAGUUCAAUUGCACCAAAACAACCGACGACAACCACCUGAUUCGACCGACCACCCUUCAUUUCUUCGGCUUUCCCAUCCUGCCUCUGGCGACGGUUUCUCCGUCGACGCGGUUGGCCAAAAUCAUGAACGGUGCCUCCAGGCCCGCCGACCGUGGCCAAUCCGACGCGCCUGUGCCUGCGCCUGCCGCCGCCUCCGACUCGGCCCGCAAAUCCAUCUUUUCUCUACCUUCACUGCGUGGAGGUAGUGAUGCAGAUACGCAUUGCUCUUAUUCUCAACAAUCUCAGCAAUACCAACAGAACCGUUCGCAAGCGUCGGUUUUUGAUUGGAACGAGCCCGAGAGAGGCAGGUCAACUCAGCCCGUGGCCCGCAACCCUCACCACACACAACAGAGCCCGGCACACUCUUCACAGGCUCGUCAGUCGUAUGCAACUCAACAACAUCAAGAACAGUCCAAUUCUACAUCUUUUGGAACCCACCAGAACCUGCCAAACACCAAUGCUGCCGCUGCAUCUAUAAAAGCCGAAUCAGAACCAAAUGGGCAUGUCUUCACACCCCCGACAAGCAAUAGUGACGGCGGCACAAGUGGAGGAACAAACGGAGAUGGGCGCCACUCGCAGGAAUCUAGCCAGGACUCCCAGCUGCUUCAGCUCUCCCAAUUAGCAGCUGCCAGGGAAAAGCUACCGGCGGAUGGUGAAAUGAUCUUGAGUCCUGUCAGCGCCGGCUUGAAGCGGAAGAGGAUGGGCCCAGAUGCUGUAGCGACGUCUAACCGGGAUUCUUCAAGUACAUCUCCAGUUUUCGGUGCACCAAGGAUAGGGCACUCGCGGAACACGAGCACCGUCAGCAUGGCCUCGACGACAGGCAGUCGGAUGGGAGAGCUCUCACAUGAGCUCAAAGCACGCCUUUCUUAUGCCAUGGUCAAAGUCAACAACGGUUGGGAAUCCCACAGCAUAGACGAGGUGGAGUCGUUGGCAUCCCGAGCAGCGUCCCCUAAUUCAACUGCAUCUACUCUGCCUGGCAGACAAGGGUCCUCGGCGAGUCCUAGACUCUAUGGCACAGACAACCGCAGCCCUACUCGUCCGGGUGGGCGGUUAACAGCCUCAAAUCACGAUCGGCGAAACUCUUAUCACACUGGAACCCGUGCGACUGGCCAAAACGCUCCUGCUAACUCGGCCAUGUCUCCUCCGUUGCUCAAACCAUCACCAUCGCUUGCACCGCCGGUUUCUAUAAAGCCAUCGUUGUCAUCUAUCAACCCACGUCGAAACUCGAACCCAACCUUUAGUCCUGCUUUUCUAUCACAUGGUUACGUCUCCGCUAGCCCCCGGACACCCGUUGAAACUGCCUCCACACACGGUACGCCGAGGCAAGCCACAGCAAGGACACCCAUGGUUGACCCCAUAAUUUUCUCCCCACACCAAAACGUCCGCGAGCAAGACGCGAUUGAGUCUUUACUUUUUAUGAGCAGCCCAGGAAACUCUGCAAAUCUGAAGCAUUCUUUCCCUAGCUCAUCUCAACCUGUCAUAUCAAGCAGGACCGGAGGAGUCGCACCAAACCAACGUACUGCGCUCCCAAGUGGACAACCUCGGAGGACACUACCUUCUAGCAGACCUUCGAAUUCACAGCCAGCGAAACGUGUCGGAUUUGAACAUUCAACCAGCACAUUGAGCGAUAUGGACAUAGACGGGCCUUCAAACACGUCCCGAGGGACCCCGAGGGGGGCAAGGGUGAAUGGCAACGUUAACGGCAACGAACACGUCGAGUUUCAACGACCGAGGAUACCUCUAACGCUACCGGCAGGGUUGGGCACGACAAUCAAACCACGCCGGCCAACACUAUCGGAGGCAGACAUUGACAAGAUGCUUGACCAGUGUGUGGCCGAAGACGACUCUGACUCUGAUGAGGACGAGAUACAAAUACCUGUGAGACCACCAGGUGUGGGUGUAGUCAAGUCUUGAAUCGUCAUGUCAGACUACUCGCUUUCCUCGCACGCUUUUAAUGUCAGGGUGUCAUCUACUGUCUAGAGCUACAUGUUCUGCUAAAGAACACUUCUUGUGGCAUUGCUACCUGGCUGACGCCCCAAACCCUCUUCUAUUUCCACUUGUUCAACCCAGUCGUAUAUACAACGUAUUCAACAGACUCUUGGGAUCAUACCAGUCACCACGAACUAACCAGCGCUCAUGGUUGUGGGAGACCGGGAUUGGGUACAAAAAUUGUUGCAUAUUUGCUCACGCGCUUCCAUUUUGUACACGGAGUCUCUCUUGGAUUUUAGCUGCUUUACUUAUAUGAUGUGAUGACUGGCAUUCUUUUCAUUACUCUUAGCUUUUGCCAUUGUUGGUUCAGGCCAAUGUGGAUUUCCUUUACUCUAGGCUUUCAAAGCCAACUAUUUUCAUCACUUGCCACUGGCGGCGAAUGUGUCACGGUGCAUUUAGGGGUUCUCAUAUCACUUAUUGGGCGUUUUCCUUUUUUUUUUUUUUCUGAUUCUUUCCAUUGGAUUUUCUAUAUCCCUUUCUCUAGUCACUACAAGAGAAUUGUCUAUAUAACAACUCGAUCCUGUCUUCUGUCGC